UUACGAAAAUUGAGGGGCAGCGCCAAAAAUAGGAAAAAGAAAUGUAGAAAGCAGUACUUGGAAAAAGUGACAACAUCAUCAUAGAUAAGCUAAAGCUGUUCAUUGAGCAGUACUUAUAUGCAUAUAUAAGGUCAUUCACUUCCCGCAACUUUCUUUGAAGGUGCUUAUUAAUGUUCCAAAGAAAAAAUAGCUAUCAUCAACUGUUCAUCUCCUACGUAUAUAUGGUUUUCUGUAACUCUAUUAGGGUCUUUCUGGGAAAGACAUUGGAGAAUGUCAAGUUAUUUGCAGGUUCAUAUUAUUGGUAAAAGAUGAAGGUGGAAAGGGUUUCAAUAUUCCAGUGGUGGGUUAGAGUAGCUGUGCAGCUCAGCUUAAUCUUGCUUGGUGCCUUUUCUGAUAGAGUCUCAUCAAUUAGAAGCGUUUCGACGUCUCCUCCAGUAAAGCUGAAUACCGAAAAUCCUCACCAGGUGGUGAUUAGCAACGGCAUCGUUUCCCUCAAUUUGUCAAAGCCCGAGGGCCAUAUCAUUGGAAUAUAUAAUGGAAUUAACAAUUUACUUGAGCCAAAAAAUAAAGAAGACGAUAGAGGGUACUUGGACGUCGUUUGGAACGAACCAGGAAAACCUGGCAUAUUUGAGAGAAUCGAUGGGACACAUUUCUCAGUCAUUGCAGCAAACGAGAAUAUAGUUGAAAUUUCAUUUUUAAGAACAUGGACAGCUUCCAUGAAAGGCUCAAGUGUCCCUAUGAACAUAGACAAAAGGUAUAUAUUGCGAAGAGGUGAUUAUGGGUUUUAUUCAUACGCAAUAUUUAAUCGACCUUCAGGAUUACCUGCGGUGGAGGUUUAUCAAAUUAGGAUUGUUUUCAAACUCGACGAAGCCAGGUUCCACUACAUGGCCAUAUCUGAUGCUAGGCAAAGGAACAUGCCAUCUAUGAGAGAUAGAUUAUCGGGUCAAAGCCUGGCGUAUCCUGAAGCUGUUCUUUUAACCCAUGCAUCUGAGCCACAAUUUAAGGGAGAGGUGGAUGACAAAUACCAAUACUCGAGUGAGAACAAAGAUAACACUGUUCAUGGCUGGAUUACCCAGGAUGAUUCAGCACCCGUGGGCUUCUGGUUGAUAACACCCAGUAAUGAGUUCCGCCAUGCUGGGCCCAUUAAGCAAGACCUUACCUCUCAUGUUGGCCCAACUACUCUUUCCAUGUUUGUGAGCACUCAUUAUGCUGGCAAGGAGGUAGCCAUGGUAUUUGGUGAAGGGGAGACAUAUAAAAAGGUUUUUGGCCCAGUUUUUGUCUACCUUAACUCUGUUCCCAACAAAUCUCAGUUUCGGUCUCUCUGGUCAGAUGCUGUAGAACAGUUAUCGAAUGAAGUAAGAAGAUGGCCUUAUGAUUUCGUUGGAUCAAAAGAUUUCCUUCCACCCAAUCAACGAGGAACAGUGACAGGACGACUACUAGUCCUAGAUGGGGGAAAGAGAGCUCAACCUGCUAACAAUGCUUAUGUUGGUCUAGCUUUGCCAGGAGAUGCAGGAUCAUGGCAGAGAGAAAGCAAGGGUUAUCAAUUCUGGAUUCAAGCUGACAAAGAUGGACACUUCUUGAUUCAAAAUAUUGUACCUGGGGAUUACAACUUGUAUGCAUGGGUUCCGGGUUUUAUUGGAGAUUAUAGAUAUCAAACUAAAAUUACCAUCAAACCAGGAUGCAACAUCAACUUGAAUUCACUGGUUUAUAACCCUCCAAGAAAUGGUCCUACUCUAUGGGAAAUUGGGAUCCCAGAUCGCUCAGCUGCAGAAUUCUAUAUACCAGACCCUAACCCCAAGUUCACGAACAGAUUAUUCCAGAACGAUAGCCAAGACAAGUUUAGGCAAUACGGCUUGUGGGAACGUUACACUGAACUAUAUCCAAACCAUGAUCUCGUUUACACUGUUGGUGUAUCUGACUAUCACAAUGACUGGUUUUAUGCUCAAGUUACCAGGAGCACACCAGAAAAGACAUUCGUGCCAACGACAUGGCAAAUUCAAUUCCAACUUAAAAAUAUCAUAAUGCCAGGAAAUUACACAUUACAAGUGGGGUUGGCAUCCGCCAAUAAUGCUAGACUGGAGGUUAGGUUCAAUGACCAGAAUGCUAAGCUUCCCCACUUCUCAACAGGGCUAACAGGCGAUGACAAUGCCAUAGCAAGACAUGGAAUUCAUGGAUUGUAUAGGUUGUAUACUAUAGCUGUAGGCAGCAAUCAUUUGGUGAAAGGAAAAAACACCAUCUAUUUGACACAGUCAAAAGGCAUAGGUCCUUUCAUGGGACUUAUGUAUGAUUAUGUCCGCUUAGAAAGUCCACCAAUUAAAAGUACUUGAUUGAGCCGAGAACAUGUACGUAGUGGAGGAAGAUAAAUAAGCGUGACUCUGUCUCUGUGCAUUAUGAAUCUCUCAUCUUGCAAUUUGCAUAGAAGCAUGCAUGCAUAACAGAAUUUUUGCUAGAAAGUAGAAAUUAUGAUGAAAGUAUAAAGCUAGUAUUUUUUAUUUAUUGAUUGAUUUUAAGUUUGUACUACUGUGGAGGGCUUGUAAUUUGGUGUCGGAUAAUUAUAAGAAGGAACAUGCUUUCUGUUGCGAAUUCGUACCGCACGAAUUCUAAAUAUAGUUCAUAAUCCAUGAUUUCCGUUAA